AUGACGACGCAGGCCAGGACGAAGGGGUGGGAAAAGGACUCCAAAAUAAACGCGGACUACGAGUAUGAGAGGCUGACCAAGCUGGAGAGCAAGUUCAACAUAAAGCCAUGGCUGAGUAAGGGGCAGAAGGAGGGGUACCUGUACAACAUCGUGCCCACCGUUCUGAAUGUGGUGGUGAAGAACUCGAACAAGUCGCAGAAAAAGACAGGUGUGCACAUGUACUUCGUGUCGGACAACAGCAAGACGUGGAGGCUGACGCUGUUCUACCGGCCGUACUUCUACCUGAAGACGAAGAACAUCCACAACUACGAGGCGGUGACCAAGUACCUGAAGAAGGAGCUGGACAAAUACAACGUCGAAAUAGAUUACGUGAAGAAGGAGGACCUGAGUCUGUAUGAUCACCUGAACAAAAAAAGGAGCUACCUGAGUAACAUCUUCUUUAAGCUCUCCUUCGACACGAUAGAUAAUCUCAUGAGUGCGAGGGAUUUUAUCUCCAAAAUAAUUGAGCGGAAUAAGAAGAAUAAGGAGCGUAGUAACUCCUCAAAUAAUGACAAGCACAUAUUUAACGAGUACGAAUAUGAACUGUCUCAGAGCAAAUUAGAUUUUUCCUACAAGCACGAUGUUUCCUAUACCAAGUAUGAUGAGCCUGGCGAAACUGGCAGGGUGGCCAAAAAUGAGGGUGCUGCUACACACAGAGAGGAUCAGGGGGACUCUAAAAAGGCACACACGGGUAAUAACAGCACAGGAGACCGCGGAGGGAGAGGCAAAAAGAACGACGCACACGUAACGGUGAGCAGCCCAAAGCUAAACAUGAACGAAAUAGUAGUAAAUACGAAGAAGCAAAUUCUAAGCAAGGAGGAAAUUUUGCAAGAAAUAACAGAGAUGUACGAGUACGAUGUGAAAUACACCACCCGAAUAUGCAUAGAUCAAAAUAUUAGGUGUGGGCUAUGGUAUAGGAUCACGAGAGAUGAAGAAGAAUUAUACACGGAGACGGAGGCAGUCCAUUUCGAAGUAUUAAACAAAAAGGUGCUAGCCCCCUUAAAUGUGCUCGCCUGGGAUAUCGAGUGCUACAAAGAUGAACUGAAAUUCCCAGAUAAAGAAAAGGACGAAAUUAUCCUCAUAUCAUAUAUGUACAACGCACAGGGGUACCUAAUAGUUAACAGAAAUGUGAUGAGCAAAAAUAUAAGGGAGUUUCUGUACAAGCCAAAUGAAGAAUACUCCGGAGCAGGGACCUUCAAAAUUUUUAAUGAACAAAAUGAAUAUUUCCUUUUAAAACGAUUUUUGGAACAUAUAAAAAUUUUGAAAAUCCACAUUUUUGUCACCUACAAUGGGGACUUCUUUGACAUUCCCUACCUCUUCCGGAGAUGCGAAAUUAACAACUUGAGUGUACCCAAAGAAAUCGGGUUCAUCAUGAAUAACAACAAACAGGAAUGUGCAUGCAAUUUUAUUCUAAACAUAGAUGCGUAUAAGUGGGUCGAGCGAGAUUCUUACUUACCUAAUGGGUCCAGAACGCUAAAGAGUGUCUGCAAAAUUAAGCUAAAAUAUAACCCUACGGAGGUGGACCCAGAACUUAUGGUUUCUAUUGCGAGAAAGAACCCACAGCAUUUGGCUGUAUACAGCGUGUCAGAUGCAGUUGCCACGUUUUACCUGUAUGACAAAUUUAUUCAUAACUUCCUAUUCGCUUUAUGCUCCAUCAUUCCGAUGAACCCAGACAACGUCCUAAGACAGGGGAGUGGAACCCUCUGCGAACAGCUCCUAAUGGCAGAGGCGUAUAAAAAAAAUAUACUCUUUCCAAACAAGUUCAAACCUGCGUAUAAUCAAUACUUCACCGAUGUAGAAAAUAAGAAGAAAUAUUUUAUCUAUGAUGACUCCUUUGUUGGUGGAACUGUGCAGAGUCUAAAAUGUGGCAUCUACAGAGACGACCUCAAAGAGCACUUCAACUUAGAUGUAGACACGUACAAGUAUCUGCUGCAAAAUGUUGACAGCAUUAUCGAUUUUUGGGUUCAGAAGGACCUGAACAAAAACUGCAGCCCUAGUGACCAAAAGUAUAUUAACAAAAAUCAAAUUGUCAAUUUGAAGCAAAUUAAAAGCGAUAUUAUGGACAAGCUAAAUUUCUUCAUCCAGAACCCCAGCAUUAGCAUAUGCCCCAACAUCUACCAUUUGGAUGUUGCCGCCAUGUACCCGAACAUCAUCCUGUCGCACCGCUUGCAGCCAAAUGCCAUCAUAACGCAAGAUCACUGCUUCAACUGCUCCUUCUACAAGCAGCGCCAUCUGUGCCAGAAACAGAUGGUGUGGAAGAGGAAGCUGGAGAUCUCCCCCAUCGAUUAUGGCCACGUGCUAUCUCUCAAGCAGGACCUCAAGACGCGCCUCUUCUACCCCCAGAAGAGCUUCUUCAAGAUGAACAACAAGGAGGAGUCCGACAGCAGCACCAACGACAACUCGGCGGACGUGCCCCUCAGCAAGAAGAAGUCCUGGAACGAGCUGACCGAAAAGCAGCAACACGACGAACUGAUGAAGGUGAUCAAGGAAUGCUCGCAGAGGGUGUUCAAAAAGACCAAGGUCGCCAAGGAAGUGGACGCCUCGAGCCUGGUGUGCCAGAGGGAAAACCCCUUCUACGUGGACACCGUGAGGACCUUCCGAGACAGGAGAUACGUCUACAAGAAGGGGCUCAAAGAGAGCGAACAUGAAAAAAAGGAGCUCCUAAAGGCGAACAAAAUAGACUACAUAAAGAUCCAAGAAUUGGACGAUAAAAUUUUGCUAAACGAUUCAUUACAGUUAGCACACAAGUGCAUACUGAACAGCUUCUACGGAUAUGUAAAGCGAAAAAGCAGUCGAUGGUACUCAGAUCAAAUGGGAGCCAUCGUGACAUACACAGGUUCGCAAAUAAUAAACGGAGCUUUUAACCUUAUCAACAAAAUUGGUAUACCCAUGGAGCUGGACACAGAUGGAAUCUGGUGCAUGCUGCCAAAGAAAUUCCCAGAAAUAUAUGACGUGUACAUUGUGGAGAAAAGCGCUCUGAACAAAAUGAAAGAGUAUGAAGACAAAACGGAGGAGGAACUGAAAAAUGACUCGAGUGUAAAAAAGGUAGAAUUUGAAUUCCCCACAAAUAUCCUAAACUUCGAGAUGCACAAAAAAUGGACAAACGACCAGUAUCUAAUUUAUAACGAAAGCACAGAUGAUUACGAAUGCAUUAGCAAAAAUGAAAUUUUCUUUGAGUUGGAUGGCCCCUGGCAUGGCAUGUUCCUACCAGCAUCGGAAAAAUCGGAUGACUUGCUUAAAAAAAGAUAUGUAGUCUUUAAUGACAAGUAUAAAAUUAGCGAACUGAAAGGAUUCGAAAUUAAAAGAAGAGGAGAGCUAAGAAUCAUACAGAAAUUUCAAAGCGAAAUUUUUAACCACUUUUUGAAGGGCAAGACAAAGGAAGAGUCAUACUACUACGCCUCCCUAACUGCAAACAAGUGGAAGAAUCUAAUAGACAGUAAAGCAAUAGACAUAGAUAAUGACGACGAACUGUUUGACCUCAUUUUGGCGAAGAAGGUGCUCAACAAAUCGGUGAAGGAACAACCGAAUGCUAAAAGUUUUGGCAUUACGACUGCUAAGCGGCUAAGUGAGCUGCUCUGCAAUACGAGUUACGUGGAAGACAAUAACGUGUCUACCCAAUUCAUCGUUGCGUCUAAGCCUAUAGGAUCCGACAUCACAUUCAGGGCCAUCCCCAUUCAGAUAUUUAAAACGAACGUGGAAACGCAAAUUCACUAUUUGGGAAAAUGGCUGGGCGUUAAGUUCCCUCCUGACGUCCCUGUGAAUGUGAGGGAUAUCAUUGACUGGGAUUAUUACAAACAAAAAUUAGAAGUCCAAAUUUUGAAGUUAGUCAUUAUUCCCGCGAUUAAACAAAAUAUUAACAACCCAAUUACUUCCAUUUCUGUGCCCGAGUGGCUCAAAAAGCAAAUUAACAUUUCAGAGGGGAAGCAGAAAAAAAUCACCGCCUUUUUUGUUAAGAAGACUGUUAAGAAGGAGAGCACUCCCGAGGGGAUUUCUAACGACCCGGCUGGCAGUAGUACCCCCUUGAAGGGAGAAACGGACGAAGAGGUGAAGAAGGCGGACGACCCUAGCUUGCGCUCCUUGGAGAAGAAGAGCCCAUUCCCAGUGGAAACCGCCUGCACUGCAAUGAACGUUUCAAAUGACCCAUUGCACAACGGUGCCCCCCCCCUCGGGGCGAAAAAGCGCUCAUUGGAGCAAUGCCUUCUGGAAAACUUCAUCUCGAAGAGGAAGAAGCUGGGUCAGCUGAACGAUAACAGCUUGGCCGGCCUCACACACAGCAACUCAGGUUCUAUGGUCUACAAAAAAGUGAACUCCUUAGACACCUACCUAGAUAACAACAAUAACGUCAUUAUUAUUAACCACGAAAAAAUUAACAUCAACAAUUUGAAGUACACAGAGCUGUUCGAAAUGUUCCAAACGGAUUUCAAAAAGUGGAUGCAAAUUAACAAUCGUAUAUGGAAAAAUAAUCGAAGUCAAAUUAAGAAAAUUAGAAAUGAGGACAGGUCUAAGAGGAAGAAAUAUUCCCUGGGGGAUGAUGAAGAAGAUGAAAGGGGAAGGAAAAGGACGGGGGCCAAUUCUUCAUCCUACCUUGCUGAUGCGGAUGAUGAAAAAACCAACUCCCAAAAAUUGUCCAGUCUGGAACCGAAAUAUUUACACCCCAUUCAGAACGCCAUGGAUAUUGUGUACCUGUACAAAAAGGUGAAAAGGAAGAAAGUAGCUCCCCCGCCGAAAAAAGGAAAGCAUAGUGGCACCAACCCCUCCGCCGCCGCUGCGAACAGUUCAAGUGGCCCUAUGAGUAACCACCCAAAGAACGAAAAACAGACGUUGUUGAAACCAUAUUUGGAAUACUUCAAACAUGAAACCGAAUCGGACUCCUCCAACGAUGAGGGGGACAUAUUUAGCGAUGCGAAUAUGAUUGAUGAAAAUGAUGAGGAUGGAAUUUACUACGCAAUUGUGUCCUUAAAAAAUAUGAACAAGUUUUACAAAAUAAAAAUUCAAAUAUAUAGACAUAUUUACAUCAAUAAUUAUGACCCCCUGGAUAUAAAAAGUAACAACAAGAUUACCAUCAAAUUAGUUUCUUCUUCCGGAUCGUCCAACUCAGCCAGCGGUGAGAAUUUCAUGUUUCACUCCAACGCAUUCGCACCCUGUUUUUUGCCCAGAAAUGUAAAAAUAUUUAAUUUGUACGAAUUUAUUAUGACGGAGAGGUACUUCAACAGAUAUGUAGUAAACACGCUGAAUGCUAACUACCACGAAAGUAUCGUCUCCGUGUACGAGACGAAGAUUCCUCUUUACUUUGAUUUCCUCAGCAGAUAUGGAAACUCAGUCGAAAUCGACUCGAAUAAUUACAACUCCAUUUUUGAUGAAAACAAAUGCUUCAAAUCGCACUGCUUCUCCAGGGUCGAGAAGAACAAGCUGAAAAAUGUGUCGCAUGACUACCUGGAUGAUGUGCAUUUUAUAUACAUUCACAUUUUCCACACACUGGUGGACAACGUGUGCAACCGCAUCUUCGUCGGCGUGUACGACCAGUACGAGGAGAACGCGGAUGAGCAGCUCUUCGGCUGCAAGCUCAUGUUCAGCGGCGUCGGCCGGGACAGCGGCUCCUUCGACCCGCACGAGGCCUUCCUCAAGUUCGUGCACCUGGAGGGGAGCGCCGUUAGCGGUAGUAGCGGCAUUAGCGGCAUUAGCGGCAUUAGCGGUGUUAGCGGCAUUAGCGGUGUUAGCGGCAUUAGCGGUGUUAGCGGCAUUAGCGGUGUUAGCGGCAGCGUUGAUGGCCCCCCCCAAACGGGGGAAGCCGCCCCAAACCAAGCGCCGGCGCCUGCGCGAGCGCACCUGCUGGACAGAGACCUCUUCAUCAAAAGCGUGCAGAGAGACUUCCUAUUCCUGUACCACUACCGGAAGUUCGAAACCUAUUUUGAAGACAGCGCCAAUGUAUACAAAGUGUUGGAGCACCUGGAUGUGUAUUUGAACAAAUACAGAAGCAACAUGCUGACGGGAAAGAAGAAAUACAUCUUCUACGUAUCGUCAACGAUAGAUAGGAACAAACUGGGAUGGUGGAGCACCAACAAAUAUUUCCCUUGCUACUUUUACAAAUUUGAAAAUGCUGCAAAGUACCAAAACGUUAGUCGAAUUAACUACAAAAAAGAUGCAUUCAAUUUGUCGCUACAACUCUUUUAUGAGAAUUACCACAAAGUGGAAGAAGAUUUGAAUUUCUCCAGAAUUUCCAACAUACCUCUGUUUAACCUGCUAAAUGUGAGUAGAAAAAAUCAGAAGCACAAAUUUAUAUAUGACACGCUGUAUGCAUCGUUUUUGAAAAGGUACAAGGGGAUUUUAUGGCUGUCCUACUUUGGCCACUACGAUUUGGGAAUCCCCUGCUUGAAUAUCAACAGCUUUUGUGACUACGAUUUGGUGAAGAAGAACAACGAUAUAGUCAACCAAGGCAUUUACAGGGGGUAUAUAGUACACCUAUUUUUUAAUGAGUCCCUCAUUUUUAACAGCGUUAGGUUAUUCACCAAGUAUGCUAAUGUGAAGGCUCCGACUGAGUACUACAACCCCUCGAUUGCUGGCAGGAAUGCCUAUUUUAAGAAAGGCGACCACAGAGGUGGGGGGGGAGGCAAUGAACAUGACGUUGCGGUGAAGAGGCGCCACAGAAUGAAGUAUGCGAAAGAGGGGAACGACAAUGAGGAUGAGUUGGACGAAGAGGACAUGUCCACCACGGACGACAAUUAUAACAAGCUGGGCGGAUUUGCUCACCGGAAAGGAAAAACGGGCAUGGCGCAGCACAAAAUGGGUGAUGGUACGAACAGACACGGCCGCCACAACGGCGACAGUGCUGCUCAUGAUGAUGAUGAAAUGGAAGCUGAGGACGAGGGGGACGACCUGUCCGAUUUGAGCGAAAAGAAAAAUACAAUCAAAAAUAAAUACGACAUAAACACCAUCGUGGAACAGAACUCACACGUCUCCCAAUUCAGCAACCACGCAUUUAAAUUAUUGGGCCAAUCGUUAGAGUACCUCAUUUCGAAGAUCUCCUCCCUUUCCAUGUUAAUAACAAAUAGGACGUUCGAAAGUAUCUCAGAUAUUUUCACUUCCUUCUACUCGUGGGUCUCCAACAACUCCAGUCUGCUCUACGAUGUAGCCUUAUACAACAAAGUGUUAGAGUGCACAGAAAUAUACCAAAAUAAUUUAAUCAACAUAAUGAAGAAAAAAUUUAAUGCCAACAUAAUUUUUGCGGACUUGAGAAAUUUCGUCAUUUCUUUUAACGAAUUUUCAGUCAUUUCCGGCAGAAAUAUUUUAAAAGGCCUAAUCAAGUACUUCUCCCACAGCGACUCCAUAUAUGCCAAUGUGCCUUUUUAUAUUAAACAGGAAUACAUUGCAGCUUGCCAAUUUGAUAAGUAUAAUUUUAUAAGGUAUAAGGAAUAUUCCAAUCCGAAUGAAGAAAACACGGAUGAAAAUUUAAAAAUAAUUGAAUACCUUCCCCCCAUUUGUGAAUCCUUCCUGAGGUACGUCCUCGAUGUGAUUACUUUGAACCCUCUGCAAGAUAUAGUCACGCUGUAUGAUAAGUGGGAUCCCCACUGUGGCAAACCAAUGGAAGGGGGAGUGCUCACUUUAUCCUCGCCGGGCAAGCCAAUCCCAGUGGAUGAACAAAAUGGUAACACAACCGAAAACCAGGCAGAAACAAACAAGAAGGAAGAAAAGAACUACUUCAAUAUGGUCCUCAAAAAUGACAAAUUAACGGACAAGAUAAGCCUAACACAAAGAGCACAACUGAAAUACAUUUAUGAUAAAUCAUUUGACGAUUUGGAAGAAGUGUGUGAAAGUUUUGCUCUCAUCAACGAAAAUGUAGACGUGCUGUCAUACAAAAUAGAAGAGAAACUAAAAGAUCUCUGGUUCAUGCCUGGACAUAUUUAUAAGAAAAUUAAAAAAUCAAUCAAGUAUAAAAAAUAUUUAGUGGAAAAUUACUGGCCAUAUGAUGAUGACGAAAUGGAUGAAAUGGACGAAAGUAACAUGAACAUGGUGCCAUUUCUAUUUCCAAAAACUUUGGGAAAUCUAGCCAAAAGGGAAAAUAACUGGAGACUAGAAAUUGUCAAGUUCUGCAUAUUCCUCAUGCAAAAUGAUAAGCUCCUAAACUUGGAGAAUGAAAACUGUAAUGAAGCUUUCCACGAAAAAAGACACGAACUUUUCGAAAUUGUGGGGGACAGUGAAUACAACAGGAAAAAUUCCCUCUGGAAAAGUCCCUGCCAGGAAUUAAUUUUAAAAGAUAUCUUCUGUGAAAAUUGCUCAUCAGUGUACCACAUGAAUGUCGUCACCAGUUUGGUCGAGGCAGAGAUCAACGGGAAACCCUCCUUCAUUUGGUUGUGCAAAAACUGCAAUUCCAAAUAUGACAACGAUUUUAUUGAGCUAAAAAUUUUGUCCCUCCUGCAGGAGACCUUCGAUGCGUAUAAUGCCCAAGACCUCGUAUGCAACAACUGCAACGCGAUAAAGUCCUUCUACCGCAGGGCAAUUUGCAAAUGCGGGCAAACAUUUACGCCCCGUUUGGACAUAACCAACUGGACCCGAACCCUGGAGAUUAUGGAAAAUUUAGCCACCAUGCUGAACAUGCCUAUAUUGCUGGACGUUUUGAAGUCGAUGAAAACGUACCUUGUGUAA